AUGGCAAGGCAGAGAGCUACUCACAGCGUAAACGGGCAUCAAGAGAUAGAAAGACAAAGGCCAGAAAAGCAGCAAGGCACAAACAAUAGUGCUUCGUUAUCGGCCAAGGCCCUCAUUUGUGGGCUGGUUGAGGAGCGGACGACCGGUCCAUCAGGGCUGGGGUUCACCACUCGGAAGAAGAAAAGUGCCGGCCGGAACAGCGACAAAUGUACUGUAAACACUUUUCCCACCAUGGCAGGUCGUUCCGCCCCUUCCAACCCCGGCUUUGGUGAUGUCGCUCUUUUUGACCAACCUGAAAAUGACCAAACCCCGCCGCCCAUGGACCUGGGAACCCGAUCUUUCCCAGAUUGGUGGUCUGUGCAAAGAAAGGGCCCCAGACGAAUCGGGGAUCCAUUACAAAAGUGGGGUGUGGGCGUUCUUUUUCUUAAUCUGUCGCCGCGCGACACAACCAACACCCGCAAUAGAUCAUCGUAUCGGUCAUUUACGAGAGGAUACGCCUCUUUCUUUCUGAUCAAAAAGAGCGACUUGCAGGGUCACGUCUGGUGGGACAGAUGGGGGGCCCGGCGGCGGGCAAACGACAACUUUUCGGUCCUAUUCUUCACUGAUUCGAACCAAGCUCGCCAUUCAUCACUACUCGCGGGGUAA